AUGAAUAUUACACUUGAUUCCGAUGAUAAACACUAUCAGAAAAUUGAGUUGAAUAGUAAUGAUCCGAUUCAAUCUACACAUUUAAUCUCGCGGGAUGAAGUCGAAAUUCAAUUGACAAGUCGAAAAAAUCUUUUGACAGAAACAACUUCGACAGACGAUGUUAAUCAAAUCUUUUCUCAACCGAUCAUCGAUCAUAAUUGGGAAUCGAGAUAUUAUGCAGGUCAUCUGGUUGUGACAUGCGGAAGUUUUGUUGCGUAUGCUCUAAAACGACAAAUCGGUGAUGAUAUUGUUUGUGUUUUCUACAAACAAGUGGACUUUCGUUCCGUGAUUAACCCUCCAUUUUCGGGUGAUAUUCAUGAUUUAGCAUUUUCAUUCUCCGAUGAUAUUCUUCUGGCGUGUGUUGAUCAAGCAUGUCAUUUACGUAUCUAUCGUAUAGAGAAAAACAUCGAACCUGAUGAGCUACAACAUACAUUGAUCUUAUUUGUUGAUUUACAAUAUGCGAACAACCAGUCUCUGCCGACUGUAUCCUGGUGCUGUUUUAUACCAGACAGUAGUGAUAGUGAAGACAGUGAUGCGUACACAAUGAUGAGUGUCACACGUGGCUCCACUGUUGAGGUACUUAACGUUGCAAAUGCGUCACAAUCAUGGAUAUCGGACAAUAUGUUAACUUUAAAUCAGAUCCAAAACGGACGCUUGACGUAUGAGGAUAAUACUGGCAAUGUCACUUGCGUGUGUUUUUCACCAGAUGGUACUGCACUGGGAACAGGUACAGAUAAAGGUGAAAUCAAAUUCUUCUCGAUUAAUUUUGAACAACCGCAAACUUGCCGAUGUUUACAUGUUUGGAUUCCGCAUGAAGGUCGACCUGUUUCCUCAUUAUUCUUUCUGGAUGAUCAUAAGAAUUUAACACAAGAUACACAACUGUGGCGUUAUGCCGUGUCGGGUUGCGAUCAAAAUCGAGAAUUGAAGGUUUGGAGUUGUACGAAUUGGAACUGUUUGCAAGUUCUUCGCUUCACUACUGCAUUCCAUCCAACAUCUCAAUUGCCCAUGCUAAAAGCUUCAAUAGAUUUAACUUCACGUUUUCUUGUUCUUUCCGAUAUACAGCGCAAUUCCAUGUAUGUUUUAACCAUUUUCCAAGAUGCUGAUGGCAAUCGAGCAUAUUUCUCAUCGAUAAAUGCGUUUACUUCAUUCAAAUCGCCAGCAUUAAGUUUCGCAAUUACAGCUGCAGAUCAAAUUAGUAAUAAGCAUACCGAUUUUGUUACUUAUGGAGUGAGGAUAUACAGUAUUCAUGCAAAAUCUUUCAAAGAGAUUUUACUGGUGUUUAAAACGAAUCGUUUCAUGACGCCAAAUUCUGUUUAUUAUGAAGAGCAGAACCGUUCGAAUCAAGAUGGUCUAAUUGAAGAUUUUCGUUUCGAACCAUACAUGUUACAUUUGCGAAAUAAAGAUAUGUCAUUUCCUACCGUAAUGGCCAAUCCAAUCGAGCCUCCUGUUGAUCAUUUAAUGAGUCUUCCACCAUACAGUAUCGAUGAUCUGUUAACGCCAAAUAGUUCAUUGACAAAUAUAACUGCUUUGCAAAAUGGUGAUACUGCACGUUCAUUACUGGCCAGUCAUGAUGGACUAACAGUUAAUCAGCCACCACCAGCGUCGUCAUCAUCAACAGCGGCAGCAGCAGCAGCGACGAUCGAUCCUUUGCAUGAAUUUUUAUUAGGUAACAGGACAGCGUUUGAUGAUAUUAACGGUCAACAGCGACGAAAACCAUCAUCGCAUGGUGCACAUACCUCGCCAUUACAAACUCAAAUAGCUGCAGCAGUUACAACGAGUCCCAGUCAUCGACUGAAACCAAUUGGAACGACAGACAUAGAUUCAUCGUCAUUGAUUAUCAAUGGUAUACCACAAAUACCAUACGACUUGACUGAUAAAGAAGUUGCUGAGAGUAUGUCAUGUGCUACAAAUUAUCCUCUUGUAUUCGAACCAGUGCCCAGUAGUGAUAGUGUUGAUGUAGAUACAGUCUUCAUUCCAAUCAAAACACAUGAUGAUACUGAACCGAUCAACGGUACUCAAGAACCACUUUCAUUACCAUCAAAUUACGGCGAAGAUCAGCUAUGGUCAAAGCAAAACACAAUCAAAGGAUUAAAAACAUCUGGUCGAGAUGACGACGACGAUUACAGUGACCCUACAGAGACAAGUGAUAAAGAUGAUGAUUCAACCGCUGAUGAAGAAGACCUUCUACAUACACGUAUUAAACGACGCAGUGGACGAUCACCAAAUAGCUCACAAUUAGGACUGAAUACUGAUUCAUUACAUGAAAUUCGGCAAUUAACUCAUUUAUUAACUGAACUACGCUCACACCGAAAUGAUCUUUCCGCUGAGCCUAUGGCAUCGGCCACGGCUCAGUUGUACAAUGAGGAAAAGCUCGAGCAUUGUUGUCAACGUCUCGAGCAGCUGUCAGCCAAAGUUGAUCGGUUGAUGAAUUUCGAAUCCGCUGGUCAAGGUGGCACCUCACGGCCGAGUCGGCCAAGUCCAAAUGCCGCACCUGUUGAAGUUUUAGCAACUAACGAACCACAAACAACAUUAUCGGACACACAUUAUGAUCGAUUGGAAGCGAUCUUAAUUGAAAAGAUUCAAACAUACAUUCAAAACGCUAUGACAUCCGUUUUCGAGCCUUACCGAGAGAUGAAAGAUAAUUUACACAAAGAUCUUGCGGCCAAGUUAUUAGCGACUGAUAAUGUAAUCAAACAAACAAUUGCACAGAUCUUCCGCUCAAAAACGAUGAUGGACUCCUUAGGUCAUUCUGUAUCUCAGGCAAUUCAAUCAACAAUGGUGGCAUCGUAUCGUGAGACAUUUAAUCAGAUUGUUAUACCAUCGUUUGAGAAAGCUGUGACAAAUAUGUUUCAACAGACGAAUGAUGUUUUCAAACGUGGCACGAAAGAAUACUUACAAGAAAUGAUUGAAUAUGGUCGACAGCAACAACGUUCAUUGAUUCAACAACGUGAGCAAAUGAUGAGUGAGAUAAGAAAAGAAACUACACAGUUGAAUAAAGAAUUCGAGAAGAAAAAUCAAGACUUAGCAAAUUCAUUAAAGGUGGAAAUUACUCAACAUCUAACAGCUGGUCUCACACCUAUAAUUCGAGAAACUGCACGGUCGAUACUACGUGAUGAAGUCACGUCCACAUUCCGUGAUGUAUUAACUGCUCAGAAGAAUGAGAUCAAUACUAUAUUUCGUCAAGUCGCCACUCCAACGACAUCUGCUACUCGAACGACAACACCGGCACCAACGACGACUGCUGUCGCUACUUCACCAACGGUUGCACAUGCAGCAACAACAGUAACCUUAUCAUCAUCAGAUAUGAAACAACAACAAGCGAUAAAACUUGUACGUCUUGGCCAAUACAAUCAAGCAUUCGAAUAUGUUUUAUCUGCCUCGGAUCUAACGCUUGUUAUAUAUCUAUGUGAAAACAUUCGUCCAAACGAUCUCUUCUCUAUUCAACCAUGUCCAUUACAAACACCAGUUCUUCUCUCUUUAAUUCAACAACUUGCAGUCGAUUUGAAUACACAUCAACAAUUGAAAUAUAGUUAUCUCCACGAGGCGUUGACCUCAUUGGAUCUUUCACAUCCAAGUGUUCGCGGCUUUGCACAGAAUGUCUUGACUGAUCUAAGUAAGAAACUGUAUACAUAUAUUCAAACGAAUUCAACAUCUCCAAUGGCUGCACAUUUUCAAAUAUUACUCCGAGGUAGUCAAGGUCUAUUGCAAAAAAUCGUUCAACAACGAGCCACGCCAAUCGUCCAUGCAUCGCCAUCAACAACCAACACAACGAAAUAG